CUUACACCCGGGCAUUCCAAGCCUUUUCCGGUGUAGCUCAACUCUCUUAUCUCUUAUAAUCGAGUCUCUUUAUUUGUUUUUCUAUGCCUCUGCCUGCAUCAGAUGCUGUUUGACCUCCUCCAUGAGCGGGCUCCUCUCUUCUUUGUUGAUUGAACCCGUCGUGCGGCAGGCCCGUCGAUUCUCACAACAGACCAGUUCACCACCCCCGGCUGAUUCCCUUGCAGCUGAAAAAGAUCGUGCCUCCUCCGUGGUCAGCGAUGGCAGCGAACUAUUCCAUAGUGCUGUCAUGACCGAUCCGGUGAGCCUGGAGGAUUCGCCCAAGGGUGGAAAUGCGGGGUCUGAAGAUGGCCGCAAUGUCACCUCUGCAUCGCCUUCAGCCAAUUCACCGACUAGCAACCCUCGUGUGCCAGAACCCCGAUUCCCUCUGGGAUGGGCCAUGAAUUCAAGUCCUGAUCGUCUACCACAAACACGUUCCCAGAUGCCGCGCGCCAAUCCCCCGAUUAGUCCACAGCAGACCGCCGCGACGCUAGCUAGGCCAGAUGCCGUACAACCUACUAGUCCACGCUCACAGAUUGCGCAGCACGCGAUGGGUAACAUUGUCAUGACGGACGAGCACGGUGGUCCUGCCGCAUUGCCCGAGGAUGACGGGAUGGGUGCUCUACGGAGACGGAUUCAUACGAUUCGAGAUCUAGGCUACAGCCAUGCAGACCAGGCACGCAUGAUUCACGCACUGAUGACCGAAAACUACAAUCUCCAUCGGGGGGACACAGCCGAUCAAAGCACACCCCGCAGUCCCACGCCUCUGACUCCGCAGAAUUCGAAGCAAGACCAAUCCGCUCGCCGAUGGAGCAUUAUUUCCUUGGAGCGACUGCCAUUAUCUUCGUCUCCCACUCCAGCUAGGAGCGAGGGUUACUACAACUUGACGGCAGAAGAUCUGGUGCCGACCUACACCCCCAAGCCAGAACUCGAGUCACCUGCAUGCGAGGUUGACGAUUUGGACCUUGAAGAGGUCGAGGAAGUUUUCUUGGGCUGCCCACAUUAUAAAACAAACGUCAAGGCUCAGUGUUUUGACUGCAAAAAGUGGUACACCUGCCGGUUCUGCCACGAUGAGGUCGAGGACCACCGUAUGGAUCGGCCGAAAACAGAGCACAUGCUUUGCAUGCUAUGCGGGGAAGCUCAACCUGCAGCACAAUCUUGCAGAAGCUGCGGCGAGCAAGCGGCGCAGUACUACUGCGAAAUUUGCAAGCUCUGGGAUAAUGAUGCUCAUAAGAGUAUAUAUCAUUGCAGUGAUUGUGGCAUUUGCCGCAUCGGUAAAGGUCUGGGGAAAGACUUUUUCCAUUGCAAGACCUGCAGUGUUUGCCUACCUAUAUCAAUUGAAAAUACUCAUCGGUGCAUCGAGCGCUCCACUCAGUGUGAUUGUCCCAUAUGCGGAGACUAUAUGUUCACUUCCCCGGAGACUGUAGUAUUCAUGCGGUGCGGACACAGCAUUCACCAACGGUGUCUGUCCGAGUAUUCCAAGACUUCUUAUCGCUGCCCCAUCUGCAGCAAAACCAUCACUAACAUGGAAUCUACAUUCCGGAAUCUGGAUCGCACCAUUGAAAGCCAGCCAAUGCCGGCAGAGUUCAAGGACACCAAAGCUCUGGUCUAUUGCAACGACUGCAGUGCGAAAUCUGUCGUGAGAUAUCAUUGGCUGGGACUAAGAUGCGACCUGUGCGAAUCGUACAAUACUGCACAGCUCCGUUUAGUUCGAGGCAACGCUUCGGAUCCUUCUGCGCUCGACAGUGAUAGUGAGGAUUUUUCUACCACGCGGGCCAGGUCCUCCUCGCACGGCGCCGACGACAGCGGCCUGUCUACGUUCGAGUCGCUCCGUAUCGACACCAGCUCCGUCCCUGGGCCUGACUCACGGCUUACUGUUCCCAUGUCUGCAGAUCCGAGCCGGCCAUUUGCCUCUUACAGUUUGACUCGCGAUCGUGCUGUGUCACCCGUUAUCAGGAACUAUUUUGGGAUUCCAACGGACCGUGACUCGGAGCGAGCGCAAUCCACCUCCUUCUUCAGCAGCCUCGCAUUUCCGGGCGUUGGCGGCGGUGGAGGAGGAGGAGGAGGAGGAGGAGGGAAUGACGAUGGCGGCGAACUUAGCCUGUGGGGAACAAAAUUCAAGUACAGCUAUGGUUUCCUCGGUCAGCGAGCCGAGUCUGCUGACGGUGGCUCGAAUGCUGAUGUCAAUGAAGACGAGGAUGGCGGUGCCUCAGGGAGCAGCAGUGAGGAGGAUGGUAGUGAGGAGGAAGAGGAAGAUGACGACGAAAUUGACAUUUUCGGGCACCGCUGAGAACGCCUCGAAGGGGUGACUGUACCACUCUCACGGCGUGGAACAGGCUUGCCCGCUUAUUGAUGCGGGUGAGAUUGGUUUCUGACCUCUUCACAGUUAAGAAUUGACGACAAACCACAAUUGGCAAUGACGGUAGUUGGCUGGACCAACUGGAGUGACUUGUAUGAUAUCUGGCGCGUUUACGGAGGGAGUCUAAAGACACAUGACUUGGGCUGCAUUUGCUUUCUUGCUUGCUCUUCCAUAUGAUAUAUUAUGCAUUUGUAUUGGGCGUCUGAGUUGCUGGGGACAAGGGAGGGCGUGUCUUGAUUGGAGAUAAGGGGACAACAUGUUCGGACUCACGACGCAUUGAAACAUCUCGCAUGCAUGAGGGAAACUGGCAUAGUUUAGAUAUAUCUCA